GGGACGCGCGGGGGGCGGAGUGGAGGUCUCCGGAGCGGAAGUGGGUCGCUGUCGAGGCGGCGGCGUCUCGUUGAGGGCUUCUCCUCGGCAGCCUGCGGAGGUGUUUGCUCGCUCGAGUGCGUCGACCGGCGCGCCUGCCGAGCCUCGUCAGCACCUGGCAGGGGCUUGAAGAUACUGGAAGUCUCCUGACUCCAGGCUCCUGUGCCUGCCAGAGGACGGGCAAGCAUCCGGCACGGGGCUUGAGGCCUUCAGCCUCCCUGCACGUCUUGGUGUCGCCCACUUCCUUCCCUGUAGGUUGGAACCAAAGAGCACAAUGAGUACGAGAAAGCGUCGUGGCGGGACAGUAAAUUCUAGACAAACCCAGAAGCGAACCCGAGAAGCAGCCUCCCCACCCGAGAUGGCCUUGGAGGCAGAACCUAUAGAACUCGUGGAAAGUGCUGGAGACGAGAUAGUGGACCUCACCUGUGAAUCUUUAGAGCCUGUGGUCGUCGACCUGACUCACAAUGACUCUGUGGUGAUUAGUAUCACCAGAGCUUUAUUAGAUCUCAAGAACCGACUUUUAGCUUUGUGGAUUCUUUCUCUUAUUGUUGAAGAAAGGAGGCGGCCAAGGAGGAAUGCCAGGAGGCUGCGCCAGGACCACGCUGAUAGCUGUGUGGUGAGCAGUGAUGAGGAGGAGCUGUCCAGGGACAGAGAUGUGUACGUGACCACCCACACCCCCGGAAACACCCGGGAAGAGGCCUCUACUGGACUCAGGCCCUCUGGUACUGUCAGUUGUCCCAUCUGCAUGGACGGGUACUCAGAGAUUGUGCAGAACGGACGUCUCAUUGUUUCUACAGAGUGCGGCCACGUCUUCUGUAGCCAGUGCCUCCGUGAUUCCCUUAAGAAUGCUAACACGUGCCCAACUUGCAGGAAAAAGAUCAACCACAAACGAUACCACCCCAUUUAUAUAUGAAGUGUUGAGAGCCGCUCAGGAGAGACGGAUGGACAGAAACAGCCUGACUGCGUUCUCUACGUGGCCUUACAUGGGCUAUCUGCCUCCAGUUUCUUGAGCUCAAAAAGACUAUUUCAAAAUCAACAUCUGAUAUGUAAACUGCUCUCUUGUUUCCAACCCCGUCUUAGAUCCUUUGUUACCUCUAGUUUGAUGCUGUGGAGCUGGAGCCGGGGCCCGCCCAGGCCAGGGUCUACGUCUGCUUCUCUGGGUGGUCUGGUUCUAGGGUAGGAGAGAGGGAGUCAGGCACAUUGGAAUCGAGCAUCGUGGUUCCAGCCUCUUUCUGGAACCUGCACGUUUACCAAGAAGUUUUCCCCAUUUCGAAAGUUUGCCCCAGCUUUCUACUGGCAGUGCAUUGAGGGCUGGCCCUGGUCGGAGAGCAAACAGGUCCACCCAGCUCUCCCGGGCACGCUACCUCAUCCCAGGCAUCUGCCCACCACAGUGACCGAGCCAGACAAGGUCCAUCCGGCCUGAGGAUACCAGGUGCAAGCAUGGCCCCGGGAAGACCAACCACUGGACUUUUUUUUUCUUUCCUUGAGAUUCAGAGGUCACCCGUGAUUUCACCUGCAUGGAUGUCAGGGGUCCUGCAGAUCCUGAGGACCUCUGCGGGGCAAUCUCCAGUUUUCUGAGAACGAAAUGUGCAAUAAAGCCCGUUCUUUGCCUACUUCUCAGCAGCCCAGGAGAUGUAGCACUAUGAGUGUCCCUCAGAGGCCUCAUGUCGCCUACAGAGCAGUGCCUGUCUCGCCCCGCCCUGUCCACCACCUGUUCUCAGGAACUUUACCCAUGCCCGAGUUCACCUGGCGCAGGUCAUGCAAGGUCAAUGGGGCAGGCACGUGGUCGGGUGUCCUCUCUCUUUUCUGAUAAAAAUCCAUCCUGUGUUUACCACAUGCCCUUUGGUCCUCAGUUCCCACUGCCUGAUGUCUACUCAAGCAUAGACCCUGGGCGGUGGUGGCAGUAAUUGUGGCCUUAUUAGCCGCCCAUGACCACGCUGUUGCCCAGGUCACAGCCACCCUGCAUUUCAAAGAGCUUGGCUCUCCAGACUCGAGCUGGGCACCCCCACCCCUGCAACUGACAUUCGUUUCAGAAGCUGCUCUUCUGGCCUUUGGGCCUUGAUCCUUCGGGCUUUGAUUGCUUCUUAGGUUUUGGUUGGCAGAGUACGGUGGCCUCUCCUCCCCAGGAGCCCAGAUAACACCUUCUGCUCAACCCCACAUGGGGGAGAGCCUCUGGUCCUCAAGGAGGCGGUGAGGCGGCCGGAGCUGACCUGAGCUGCCCCUCAGGCUUCGGGGUGGCUCAUAGGGGAGAGGCCUUGCAGCGCCUGCUGCCUCCACCUCCGCAUCCCUUCUUCCUCAGAGGGCUUCAAGCCAAACCAACAGCCUUUUUGUGUGAAAAAUCUUCGCGGUGGGAAAGGGGCCUCCUCUGGCUUUGCUAGCAAUAACUGACCUUCACUUCAUCCUUCUGGAGGGGCAGGGACUCGGCACAGAAUCCGCUUUAAACGGGGCUGAAGGCGCGUCCCUCCUCUGUGAGAAGAAUAUGGUUUCAUUCUUCAUUCUGACUUUUUAACUGUUUGGCUCACUUUCAGUUCGUUUGAUGAAAGUACUCUUUUCUACUUGGAGUCGAGGGCGAGACAUCUGUUCUCAUCAGCGUGGUGUGCAGUGUGUCUGCCCGUUGAUUGGACAUCAUCGCCAUUAAGUUCCUUCUGGGCUUCACGGAAUGCUCUUUUUUUAUGUUCUAACAAUUCCCAGACUUCAGGAGCCAAGACAGCCACGCAGCCAGAAUCUCCUGCGUUUUAUGCUUAAGGGCAAAGGGUUGAUCAUAAAGGUUGUAUUCCUUCAUACUAAAUUAAGUUGGGAAAAAAUGUUUCGUUUCUACUGUUCGGAAAUUGCAAAAUAGGAAAAAGUUGAUACGAAAAAUCCUUUCCCUUCCUCAGUGUACAUAGUUCAAAUCUUUCUUUGUUACAUUUAAACUAUCCAUGUAUGUCCAUCUGUUUUGGACUCCUCUGCGAGUGUUACAGGCGGAAAUAAACCAUUAAUUUGAACCAGG